CCUGCGGACGCACGCCGCCAUCUCCGGCCUUCCGGGCUUGGGGCGGUCUCCUACCAUGCCGCUGCUCCGCUACAGGAAGGUGGUCAUCCUCGGGUACCGCUCCGUGGGGAAGACCUCUCUGGCACAUCAGUUUGUGGAGGGCGAGUUCGUGGAGGGCUACGAUCCUACAGUGGAGAACACUUACAGCAAGAUAGUGACGCUCGGCAAAGAUGAGUUUCAUCUGCAUCUUGUGGACACAGCUGGGCAGGAUGAAUACAGCAUUCUGCCCCACUCACUCAUCAUUGGAGUGCACGGUUAUGUGCUUGUCUAUUCUGUCACCUCCCUGCAUAGCUUCCAGGUCAUUGAGAGUUUGUACCAAAAGCUACAUGAAGGCCACGGGAAAACCCGGCUACCAGUGGUGCUAGUGGGGAACAAGGCAGAUCUGUCUCUGAACAGAGAGGUACAGGCAGUUGAAGGGAAAAAGCUGGCGGAGUCCUGGGGUGCGACGUUUCUGGAGUCGUCUGCUCGAGAGAAUCAGCCAACUCGAAGCAUCUUCAUCAAAGUCAUCCAGGAGAUUACGCGGGUGGAGAACUCCUACGGGCAGGAGCGGCGAUGCCAUAUCACGUGACUGCUUCUGGGUUUUGCCAGGGUCUGGUGGGAGGAGGAGGUGCGGGCCCUGAAGAUCUCACAGCUAUGGCUGCCAGUAUGGCACCUUCAUGUUUUACAUACUUUCCCUGGGUUCCAGCAGUCAAUGUUUACAACGGGGCAAGGAUGGCUCACAGGCACAGAUCUCCAGCCCCCUGUUUGUGCUAUAGGAAUUCUCUUUUAACCUGCAGGAUUGAGUGAGUCCUGGUGUUGGCUUGUCUAGGCUCCAUCCUUCUGUGUAUAUUCUGUCUCUUGGCUGGGUGGGGUGUGCUUACUAUUUCUGAGGUAGAAACCUGGCUCCGGGGCGUGACAUGUGUAUAUAUG